AUGUUGACCCACCUCAGAGCCCGAAGCAGGAGUUUGUUCUCCAGCAGUCGGACUCAAUCCGUCAAGGAAGCGGCCGACUAUCUGGACUUCAACAACUCCUUUGUGAAGCCAUGGAACUCCAUGCAGGAUCUGGGCAGAGACAUCUAUGAUCUUUACACCGAGUAUGAAAACGAAGAGGAGGAUCGACUCCCGGUGUCUCCCUCCUGUCUGCUGCUCUCUCCGACCAAACACUUCACUCUCAACAUCAACGUUGGCGGAACGGUUUACUACUUGUCCUACAGGUUAGCAGCCAGGUAUCCAAAGACACGGAUCGGCCAGUUGGCCACGUACACUGACCACAGCAGGAAGUUGGACCUGUGUGACGACUACAUCGUCCAGAGCAACGAGUUCUUUUUCGACCGAGACCCUAAUAUUUUCCACAACGUUUUCAACUUCUACAGAACUGGAGUUUUGUACAUUAAAGACGAGCUGUGUCCGCACAAUUUCCUUGAGGAGAUAAACUACUGGGGUGUCAGAAUCAAAAACAGCCAACGCUGCUGCCGUAUCUCCUUCGAAGAGAGGCAAGACGAGCUGAACGUCCAACUGAAGAUACAGAGGCAGCUGAUCGCAGAGCUGGAGAUGGAAGAAAACGAGGUGCUGUUUGACAACUUGGCCUUCGGGUCGACCCGGAAGAAUAUCUGGAACUUGAUGGAAAAGCCGUUCUCCUCGGUCACCGCCAAGCUGAUGGCCGUCGCCUCCUCCAUGUUUGUGCUGCUCUCACUGGUCACCAUGACGCUCAACACCGUGGAGGAGAUGCAGUACAAGACUGAGUCGGGCCAGCUCAGUGGCAGAUUCUAUGGCGAGUACGUGGAGUCGUUCUGCAUCACCUUCUUCACCCUGGAGUACCUGCUGCGUCUGGCGUCCACCCCCGACCUCAAGUGUUUUGUACGCAGCAUGCUGAACACCGUCGACCUGGUCGCUAUCCUGCCACACUACCUGCAAACGGCCCUGGAGUGCUUUGAGGACGAGGGCAUGUACCUGCACUCGGGGGACAUCGAGGUCGUAUCAAGUGUUGGAAAGGUGGGACAAGUUCUGAGGAUCAUGCGUCUGAUGCGAAUCUUCAGGAUCUUGAAGCUGGCUCAUCACUCCACAGGCCUCAGGGCUUUCGGCUUUACACUGAGGCAGUGCUACCAGCAGGUGGGCUGUUUGCUGAUGUUCAUCGGCAUGGGCAUCUUCAUUUUUUCAGCCAUGGUGUACACCGUGGAGCACGACGUCUACAACACCAACUUCAUCUCCAUGCCGAAUGCGUGGUGGUGGGCCGCUGUGAGUAUUUCCACGGUGGGCUCGCGGGAAGGUGCACUUCGCCAGGAGGGCGGCGAAGAGGCUGGCCAAGUGCUGCGAGGACGUCCCGCCUGCGCGGUCUGUUGCGCCAUCAUCCCCAGAUGCUCUUCUGCCUCUAUCCACGUCAAUUGUCUCUAAAACUCACAAAUAAUCCAGGAUUCAAGAGCGAGCGGCGAGGACUGAAAUCAUAAAUUGAAGACCAACAUCUGGACGAUGGAUAUUAGGCCCGUUUAUUUCCCCAUACGUCUCUCCAAUAAUAAAGCUUUGUCUCUUCAUUGUGUCAUCAUUAAGCUGUGCAGCUCUCUCCCGUCGUUUGUGUGCGUGUAAACAUCAGCGUCACUCCUGCAGGAAUCGUUCCAACACUGCAUCGCCAAGCAGG